AUGUUCUGUCCAGGUAUUCCAGGAGCAGGUAAAACUAUUAUUGCCUCUAUUGUAGUUGAUGAGCUCGAAUCUCGCUACGGAAACGAAAGUGAUGACGGAAUUGCGUAUAUAUUUUACAGCUUUCAGCGCCAUGACGAUCAGAGCCAGAAACUAGAGAGCUUGAUGGCAAGCAUUGUUCGACAGCUGGCACAGGGUCUAUCGUCGCUUCCAGAAAUUAUUGAAUCGUUACAUGAGAAGCAUAGAAUCAAAGGGACUCGGCCGUCGGUUCAUAAAAUUUCGAUAGCCUUGCAGUUCAUCAUUGGCCGCUUCUCACGGCUCUUCAUCAUUGUCGAUGCGCUGGACGAAGUCACACUCUCACCAUAUCACAAUUACUUAAUGUUUCGGAACAUGCCGACUCUAGAGAUCCGCGCAGCAAAGGUAGAUGCAAUGGAGUACUUGAGUUAUAAUUUACAUAAGCCCCCUUUAUUUGUAUCGCGGGAUCCACAGCUACAGCAAGAUAUUGUGACCAACAUCACUAACUCCGUGGAUGGAAUGUUUCUCCUCGCACAGCUUUAUCUGCAUUCGCUAGUAGGAAAGAUAUCGCCAAGGGCAAUUAAAUCACGACCCAACGAUCGAAUAUCAAGUUCCAAAACAUAUGAUUCGGCUUACGACAAUGUCAUAGAUCGAAUCAAUGGCCAGGUCACGGACCUGAAAAAUAUGGCUUGGGAUGUGUUGACAUGGAUUACUUGUGCGAACAGACUGCCGACAACGGUGGAGUUAAAACACGCCCUUGCCGUAGAGCCUGACGAGUCCGAAUUUCAUGAGGAUAACAUUCCUGACCUCGAUGAUAUCGUCUCUGUGUGUGCAGGUUUAGUUACAGUCACACCAGAUGCCUCGGGAGAUAUCAUCAGACUGGUUCACUAUACGGCACAGGAAUACUUUGAGAGAACGUGGAGCCGCUGGUUUCCUGAUGGCCAUUCCAACAUUGCAGCAUUAUGCGUGACAUAUCUGUCGUUUGACUCUUUUCAAAAAGGCAUCUGCUUGACUGACGCAGACUUUGAAGCCCGACUCGACGAAUAUCCUCUUUAUUCCUACGCAGCAAAACAUUGGGGAAAUCAUGCUCGAGAACAACGCAUAAAGGAGAGGGUUAUGAUGUCUCUGUUAGAGAAUACGCCCAAACGCCAUGCUUGUGUUCAAGGGAUUUUUGCGUUGAGGAGCUAUUCAAGCUACGGUGACUACAUUCUACAGGUCCCUUUGGGAUUCACCGGAUCACAUCUUGCCGCAUACUUUGGGCUGACAAGUGCGGUACGGAUCAUAACUUCUCAAUGUGACGAAUCAUACAUGGUGGAUUCGAUGGGUCGGGUUUCCUUGGAAUGGGCAGCAUAUAAUGGGCAUCAUGCGGUAGUCAAGUUUUUCUUGGAAAACGGCGUUAAUCCAAGUGAAAUGGACGGGGGGGGCCGGACACCUUUAUCAUUGGCAGCCUCAAUGGGCUGGUUCGACGUUGUGUGUGAGCCUCCUACUGGAAUAUCACGUUAA